GUAUGAGCAAUACAGUCUUUUACCACUACACUAAUGAGUCUGGGAAAAACAAUAUUGUGCAAAGUAUGUGUAUCAAGGCAAGUCGCCAUAAUCCCAUGGGUAACGAUGUCGCCUUCGGUGAAGGAGUGUAUGGGACGACCAUGGACCCAGACAACUACUCAAAACAAGAGGUGGCCAAGAACAACUACGACAACCGUCCCAGAUUUUGGGAGAGCCUGAUGGAUAUCGGGAGGGUAGAUUAUGCCAUCGAGAUCUUCCUCCCAACAUCGAGUUUGACCCCUGUGAAACACGAAACACGUGACAUACUCAUCCACAAAGGGGAUAUCGAUCUUCGCAAGUACACAUAUAGGGUUAUUAAAGUAUAGGACGAGGACAGAGAGGACAACGAGGACAGCGACUGACUCCCGUAAUAACGCUUCCAUUCGCUGUCGAAGAAUGCCAUAAAUAUGUUGGUUGAAUCUUUAACAUUACAUCAAUAGGUUUCAAUUUGUAAGAAAGGGAUCUCUUUUGUUGUUUAGACUGUAUAGUAAAUAAAGCAACUAAACCCA